GGUAUUGGCGGUAAUUUCAGUCAAGAGUAAAAUUGCUAUCAUGAAUGCAAGUUUGGGUAAAUGAUUUGAAUGUGCAUUUUCGUUUUGCCUCACUUUUAUAACCUAGGUGGCAGAACAGCUGAAGGUUAUCCCAUCAUCAUCUUUCCUGAUACAGGAACUUUCUGGAGUCUUUCUGAUGAAGACUACCAUAAAUUGAUUCUGUACCUCACCAAUGUGCCUACGUUGCAAGAUGCAGAUUUAGGAUUUGUUCUUGUUAUUGACAGAAGGAAUGACAAAUGGAGUGCGGUGAAAACUGUCCUUUUAAAAAUCUCGGGGUAUUUCCCAGGAUUAAUUCAAGUGGUAUUUGUCCUUCGUCCACUGGGUUUUUUCCAGAAAGAUUCAGAAGUUAGUAAUAAAUUCUUUAGAGAAGAGUUUGAGUUUAGGCUUGUGAUUUGUGGCAGUGUUGAAGAUAUACAUCAUCACAUUGAUCCCAGCCAAUUAACUGUUGAUUUAGGGGGUACCAUACCUUAUAACCAUGAAGAAUGGAUUCAACAAAGAGUGGCUGUUGAGAAUUUUACGAGUAAUCUUCAAGAAAUAUCUUCUUCUCUGCGAGAAAUGACUCGAAGAUUGCAGGAAACCGAGUUUCCGAAUGAUGUUCAAUCUACCUUAUCUCUUCUGGAAGAUCAGGGAGGUGAAUAUCAGAAUUUGAAGGAGGACAUACGGAAUGCAGCCAUGCAUGGAGAAACACUGCUUAGUUGUAUUAGAAGACCUGCAGUACAAAGUGUUGCAUACAUGAAAAGCUCCGAUAGGUUCAUUAAUGCAGCAGCUGUACAAAGAUUGCUGUUGCAACUUGAUGAGACAGAAAAAGGGUUUGAUUCCUUUUGGUCACAGCAUGAAAAGCGGCUCAGUCAGUGCCUUGAACUUAGAAAAUUUGAACAAGAAUUCAAAGAGUUACAGGUCACUCUUUCUGGAAAUCUUCGAGAAUUAGCAGAUAUUCCAGAGACAGGUGAUUCUGUUUCAGAGGUAGAUUCACUUCUUGCGGCUCUGGAAGGAUUUCGUAGUGAUACUGAAGAUGAUUUGGAUAAAGCUGAUCAGCUACAACAAGAUGGGGAAAAAUUAAUAGCUGCCAAUCAUUAUGCUGUAGACUCCAUUGCACCAAAAUGUAUUGAGCUUGAAAGGAUUGCUGCUGAUAUUCGACAGCAACUAGCUUUUCGUAUAGAGAUAUUAAGGAAGAGUAGAGACCUUCAAGCAAGAAUAGAAAAAGCAAAUAAAUGGUGUACAAGAGGAGUGAAUCUUUUAGCUGGUCAACAAAUAGAAAAAUAUUCCUCUCCAACAUUUGCUCAGGCUGCCUUACGUGAAAUAGAAUAUUUUUUAGAAAGCUCAAAUGAGUUUCGCCUCAAUGACCCUAAGGAGAUUCAUUCAUUAUUUAAAGGGGUAAUUACUCCUGAAUCCAGAGCUCUUGUUCAGCAGGUACUUAAACGAAUAGAAGAUGUUCAGAUGAUGUGUGAAAAGCGGCAGUGUAGUCUUCAGCGCAUCGUUUCAAGAAACAAAGGUCCUGUUCAGGCUGUUAUUCCAGAACCAAUUUCAUCUAUACCAACUUCAUUGCAAGCUCCUUCUGGAAAGUCACCAGAGGGUAGAAGAAAAAUUGUUAGAAAGACUAAGACUGUGCCUAAGUUUAAAAUUGAAGUGCGCUUUGGUGAUCCUCCGUGUGAGCAGAAUAAUUUACUUCAAGUUCCUGACUGCAGUAGCGAAUCUAGAUCACCAUCACCAAGAAGCUGUCAGGAAAUACUCCAAAAUAAAAGAAGUCAUGUUAUGGCUGAGCUCAUCGAGACUGAGAAAGCGUAUGUGACAGAACUAGACAGCAUAAUUCAGGGUUAUAAACGAGAAAUGAACAAUAGUGCAAUGAAAGAUUUAGUGCCUUCUUCUCUCUAUGGUAAGGCUGACAUCCUGUUUGGAAACAUGGAGGAUAUCUAUUCAUUCCACAGCAAUGUCUUCCUUAGAGACCUCCAAGCCUGUAGUAGUACCCCAGAAUUAGUUGGGCAUUGUUUUGUGAACAGGCGGGAUGCCUUCCAUAAAUUGUACACUACUUACUGUCUCAACAAGCCCAAGUCUGAAGCCUUACGUAGACAGUGUGGCGAUGAUAACCCAUUUUUCAAGGAAUGUCAAAGGAAUUUAGGCCAUAAGCUGCCUCUAGGAGCUUAUUUAUUAAAACCUGUCCAAAGGAUAACAAAGUAUCAAUUACUUUUAAAGGAUUUAUUAAAGUGUGUAGAUGAAGAUACAGGCCAGUCGGAUCUUCAAGAAGCAGUUGAUGCUAUGUUAGAAGUUUUGAAAUAUGUAAAUGAUAGCAUGCAUCAAAUUGCUAUAACAGGUUUCUAUGGCAGCUUGGCUGAUUAUGGAAAGCUUCUACUUCAAAGUGCAUUUAGCGUAUGGAUGGAAAGAAAAAAGGAAAGGAUUCGUGAACUUCGCUUUAAGCCACGUUCGCGCUACAUUUUUUUAUACGAGCAGUUAGUUCUUUUUACUAAGAAAUAUGGUAGAGAUGACAACCCUAGUUAUGCAUUUAAAAAUGCUCUAAAGACCUCGCAGAUAGGAUUAACAGAAAAUAUGAAAGGAUAUAGAGGUGAUAAAAGAAAAUUUGAAUUGUGGUUGCAUGGGCGUUCUCAGGUAUUUAUAAUACAGGCACCUUCAGUUGAAGUAAAAGAGGUUUGGGUGAAAGAAAUUAAGAAAGUUCUUCUAUUACAGUUUGAACAUCUAAAAGAUGAAAAUUUGAAGCAACAUUCUGAUAAAAUACAAAAACUGAGCUACAUCAAUGGCGUUUGCCAGUCUCCCAUAGUUAGUCACAGUAGUUUUAGUUGGCACAAUGGGCCGGCCUCUUACCGCAGUAGUCCUAUAACUACAAGACAGCCAGGAGAAUUAGGCCGCCGUGCCACUGUUGCUUCACUUCCAUAUCGCAGAGAGGAAAGAACUUCAUACUCUGAUGAUGGAUGGUCGUCUGCUGAUGAUUUCUCCCAAACUGAAGAUGAGGAUGAUGAAGGCGAUGUUUUUGUUAUAACAACCGAGGUUGGUGGUCGUUAUGUGGCUCUGGGUGACUAUGAAGCUGUCGAUGUUGGGGAAGCUUCACUAAAGGAAGGAGAAACUGUGGAAGUGGAAAAAGUAGGCUGUGCUGGUUGGUGGUAUGUUCGUGUUUUAGAUACACCUAAGAAAGGAUGGGUUCCAGCUUCAUACCUUGGACAACCCAAUGGAAAGAGUGGAUCACAUUCCUCUCCUUCUGUCAGCAGCCAAGACUCAAUAACAGGAUGCCUUCUGCAUGCCACAAGCUGUAAAUCCAGUAUAACUGGCUCAACAUUUGAAACAACUUAAAAAACAGCUUUUUAUAUGAGAAAUUCAACUUACUACUGCAAACAUUGUAGAGAAAGAGCCAAAAUAUUUCAUCAAAGUCAUUUCAACAAACUUUGAAGGAUGUUCAAGUAGGAAUUUUUGCUAGAAAUUUAAUAUCUUGAAUCUUUAUUAUUUCUCAA